ACACGUGUCUGUCUCCACUUGCGCCGACAACAACCACUACCACCACUACCAUAGAAACCAAUACGCGCUGCGCAUCCCACUCCACCUGAAUCCCUGCAGCCCUAUAUUCCUGAGCAGAAGGCACAGUUUGAGCGAAAUGAGUACCUUUGCGGUUGUUGCGAUUGUUCUGCUGUGUAUUUUCGCAUCUCUAUUUUUGGUGUACCUCGGACUACAUCUGGGAGCAAAGCUUCGUUCUAGACGUGUUCUGAACGCAUACACGGGACGAUCGUGGUCUUCAUGGAUCCCAUUCCGUAAAAAUCGAAACUUUGAGGCAUUGGAUGGUGACGAAAUGUGGGAUACUCGGGUUGACGAAAGCGAAGUUUUUGGAGCCGAAUCCCAAGCUCCUCUGGCUAAACAAUCCUCGGAAUACGCUCCGUUUGUAACUCUGCACGAAGACUCCAAUGGACGGCCGGUUGCUCCGUCAUCUACUCUUCCGUCGUCUCGAGCAGAGAAUGAAAAUACGAUCUCAACCUCCAAGUCAACGUAGUUAUGUCUUUCUUCCUUAUACAUACUCACACGCACACACAAACAAACACACUUAUCCGACCUUGUUUCGCUUUCUCAAGUACAGCGAGCAAUCCCUAUUUUCCUGCCAUUGCCGAGCCGGCAGUACUAUCGCUAGCUACUUUUGUCGACAUUGCUCGUCUUUGGCCAAUCCGAGUUCAUUCCCUUUCGUACUGUCGUCCCAGUUGUUCGUCUUUUCUGUUCCUGUGCCAAGUCACGCACUACAUGGCUUUCUCACUCUUAUAGUUCAU